UUACCUGGCGGAAAAUCCAAAAGAUAGAGAAACUUUUAUUCAAUCCUCAAUAUCAGUUCAGCUCAGGAAAACUGACUUGAACUCACUUGAAAGAUUGUUAAGUAGUUAUUUAUUGCAAUAUGGGUCCGGAUCUAAUGAAUUUUUAGCAGAGCUUUUUGACAUUACUUAUUUUGAAAAAGUUUUUCGCAAAUUAGCCGACUUAAUGUCACCGAAUACAUGUGCCCCCAAGGUUGAUGCUAAAUUUCCGGAACGUCACUUUCGAGAGAUUCCAAAUCCCGUAAUACUAGCCCUGCAUAUAGCUUGUAUAGAAGUGCUUGCAACACCGAUACCACCUGAAGAAAUAGUGAAAGAAUCAUUGGAUAUUAUAACUUCUAUGAAUGGGCGCAAGAAUACGUCUGUUCAGCCUAUGGUCAUGCAUGCUAUGGGCUUUUUGUAUUCUUUUUUGCCUACUGAGGAAUUCUUAUAUCAGAUAUUUGAUAAAAUAGUGUUAACUAUUACCACAGAUCCCCAUUUAAAAGAAUUCUCUCAACCAUUUAAUUUG